GCUCAUUGAGCAGCAUUCUCUUGUUUCUAAUGAGCUGCUUUAUCCCGCUGCAGGCUACACAAACAACUGACUGGGCGAGCCUGUGCUGAGCAGCGACAACACACACCGAGCAGACCCGCUCAGAGACGCUGUUAUCCGGCCAAGCUAGCACCACGAACUCUGUUCAUCAGCAAACAUGAAUUUCUUUCUGGAAACACUUCAAGUCCUCCUUCUGUCCAUCUGGUACAACCUGGAGGCUUUCAUCUACGUCUUCGUGCCCAAGAAGAAGAAGAACAUAGCGGGCGAGGUGGUGCUGAUCACGGGUUCGGGCAGCGGGAUCGGACGCCUCAUGGCUCAGGAGUUUGCUGCUCUGAACACUGUGCUGGUGCUGUGGGACAUUAACCAGGACGGGAUGAAGGAAACGGCUCGCCUUGCUAAGCAGAGCGGAGCCAGCAGAGUUCACUACUACCUGUGUGACUGCAGUGAUAAGAACGAGGUGUACAGAGUGGCUGACCAGGUGAAGCGGGAGGUGGGUGAUGUCAGCAUCCUGGUGAACAAUGCUGGCAUCGUGACAGGAAAGAAGUUCAUGGACGCUCCUGAUUCUCUGAUUGAGAAGACAGUGGAGGUCAACACCAUGGCUCACUUCUGGACCUACAAGGCCUUCCUUCCUGCCAUGAUUGCUAACAAUCACGGCCAUCUAGUUAGUAUCGCCAGCUCUGCCGGACUCAUAGGAGUCAAUGGAUUGGCAGACUACUGUGCCAGUAAGUUUGCAGCUGUAGGUUUUGCAGAGUCAGUUGGUCUGGAACUGCUGGCAACUGGGAAAGAUGGCGUCAAGACCACCAUUGUGUGCCCUUACUUCAUCAACACUGGAAUGUUUGAUGGAUGUCAAACUAAAUGGCCGUCACUGCUGCCAAUCCUGAAUCCAGACUACGUAGCCAAGAAGAUCAUCAAUGCUAUCCUCACAGACCAGGUCUUCCUGCUGAUGCCCAAGAGCAUGUACCUCAUUACUGCUCUCAAGAGCAUCCUUCCUAUGAAGCAGGGCAUUAUGCUGGGCCAGUACCUGGGAGCCUUUAACCUCAUGGACACAUUCAGGGGCCGUUCCAAAAAGCAGGAAUGAAUGAAGACAGAGGAGAAGGACUGAUGAAGAGGAGGAUGACUAAAAUGGAAGGAGACAUGGAGCAUUAAAAAAAUCCAUCUUCCAAUCUUGAUCUUCACUGUGUUGAGGAGUGCAGGUCAGAGGUUGGAUUUGAAUGCUUGUCUGACUUCAGUGAUUCAUACUUGAACACACAUAAUUGAAUUGCCAUUAAUCACUGUAUAUCAUACUGUAUUAUCCAUGUUUUAUGCCUUCAUAUCCUUAAAUGACACUAUAUUUACAUCUUAUUGAUAAUUGUUAGUAAUUGAAGCAACCAAUAUAAUGUUGACAAUGAGGUGAUAGAAAGGAGCCCUCCUCAUUGUUCUAUAAGAAUUUUAAUGUUUAAAUGUUAAGUGUGAUGAAUGUAAGCAAGUGCUGCCAAGGCCUUCCUAAAAAUCCAGCCAGCCUUUGUUCUUGCUUACUUCCUGUUCCUAAACAUAUCAUUUUAUAAUAAUAAAAAUAAUAAUAAUCAUGAUAUAAUGAUAUCAUCAGUCAUCAGUGGGGUCACCCAUAAACAGCCAAGUCUAAUGUUCAUUUACAAAGAGUAAACAAGGGUCAAAAACUGAAAAUGAUUCUUAAUACAAAUAUUCAGAUGAAGAUGAAGUUAUAAAAAUACAAACAUUAGUAAAAACCUUGUAAAAGUAGAAACAUAAUUUGAUCUGUACUGCUCUUAUUUUGAAGGUGAAAAUCUAUUGAAAUCAAUACACACGAUACAAAGUCAAGUUAUUAUUUGAUGAGGCCUGGCUGUUGUCACUGUAAUUACUCAAUAUGUCCCUUAAAAUAUCAUAUGAACUUUAUUGUGAAAAGCGUGAUUAUCAUAUGUGUGUGUGGGUCAUUGUUUUACGGUCCAAGUCAUUUCACAUUAAAAGCCAAUGUGCCGGGGCCAAGCGCUCAUUCUCAGGAACAGUGAACUCAGCUGAAAGGGUUUGUUAAAUGUUUGAUACCUCUUCCUUGUAAAGCUCGGUUUCAAAGCCGUUAAAAGUUUGAAGUUUGUUUUUAUCCACAAAUCACAAAAGUACAGAAUGCACAGAAGUAAGACAUACAAAUAUAAUCAUGAAUUGGAGCCAUAAAGCAAUUAAGUUCUUUGCCUCUAAAGUUAGCUUUGGUUAGGUUUUGAACUCUCAUCAUAUAAAAGGCUUGUGUCAUCUUCAGACUGUGCUCUUACCAUACAGACAAACAUAGCUAUGUGACCAGUGAAAACCACAGGACUGGCUUAGCAGUGGCUAGAUGGAAGUCACUUUUUUAUAAACUGCAGUGUUAUUCAUCUUGUUGUGUUAGGUUGUCUAGCUAAUCCUAAUUUAAAAGCCUCUAAGUUGUUUACAUGCAGUUUACUAGCAACAUCCCAGCUGUGUGUGUGUCAGCAUUCCAGUAAUGACUCUGAUUUCAGCAACAUCAGUAUCCUUGCAUUACAAAAAGCCAUAAAGAACAUGCACAUGGAAAGGUGUGUGUUUCCCUGAGGAUAAAGUCAUUUUCAAAAUUCAGGAAAAAGGUGAAAAAACACUUAUUUUUUGAAGUAAUGUUCAUACACUUCCACAUGGUCCACAAACGUUUGAAUGAUCCAAUCAUGACAUUUACAUCUAAGACCAACUCUGUAACAGUGAUUUUAUAUAAUAAUAAUAUCAGGUAUUGUUUUAAUCUAACAGUGUAUCAUGUGACUCAUAUAUAUAUAUAUAUUAUAUAGCCAAAGUUUCAUAUUCUGCAAAAAAGAAAAUAAUAAUGUAUCUAAUAAUGUAAUGGACUUGUACACUUGAAGAAAACUCUGAAAAUGGGGAAAUAGAAUGUGAGUGAUGCAGAGAUGAUUUAAAUGUGUACUAAUGAUACCUUUUAGUACAUACUCUGUUUUUACAGCCAUCUCUCAGUCUUUUAAUGCAAACCACCUGGAACUGAUAUUGUGAACAUUGUGAUCAAUAAACUGUCCCGU